UCCAUCGCUGCACUGCCAUGAAGAUAACGUUCCAAACGACCCUCACCAUCCUACACGGUGUGCUGCUCACAGUGGCUGCUCAUGGCCGGUGGAAGCGACACCUGGACCAGUUGGGGAGUAUGAUUGAAUGUCGAGUGGGUACUGGCCGCUGGCUCUCUCGCUUGGAUUAUUUUGACUAUGGAUGUUACUGUGGCUUCGGUGGACAAGGAGUUCCGCUCGAUGCUGUUGACUGGUGCUGUAAGCAGCAUGAUGUUUGUUAUGGGAGGAUUGAUUCGGAAGGAUUGUGUCACUGGUAUCAGUACCCUUACUGGACCCACUACUCGUGGAGCUGUGAUCCAGGACGUUCCCUCAUGUGUACUGAUCCCAAGGAUACCUGUGGUCGUGCGAUUUGCAAAUGUGAUAAAAAUCUGGUGGACUGUUUUUCCAAAUCUAAAUACAACCCUGGUCUGAAGGGCAUCGACAAAACUCAGCUGUGCUAACCCUGAACAGACGGCGCACGGAGAUCCAAACCGCUCAUCACCCUGGGGGCAAGUCUCAGCGAUGGACCACAGUGCAAAUUCACAAAAACCCCACCCUCUCCCCGUAUCCCUCAAUCCCACCUACCCACCCUCUCCCCGUAUCCCUCAAUCCCACCUACCCACCCUCUCCUCAUACCCCUCAGUCCC